GUUUCGCCACUAAACUCGCCGUCCAAUAGGAACGUUCCGUGCAUUUCGCUGCAUUUUCUUGUGAAUUUGUUUGUCGUGUGUGAAAUAGUCGCGAAGAGACCGGUGAAAUUUCCUCAAAAACUGCACCUCUCCACGUAACACUUAAGUAGACAGCGCAACCAAGUGGCCUUCCAACUUCCUGUGCAGCUGAGACGGUGAGAAAGCGGGCGAGUGAAGCGGACGAAGAUGCGUCGAGCCACGGUGGCCCUGCUCGCGAUUGGGCUCCUCCUGGUCUCCGGACAGGCGACUGACGAUGCCUUUGACGACGAUGUGGUUGUGUCCACGGAGGAUGACAGCACACCGGUUGAUGAUGAUGACAGUAUUCAGUAUGAAUCUCCCAAAGUGAUUCCGGGCAAAUUCUACUUUGCCGAGCACUUUGACGAUGAGGACGCCUUUGGCAAGAAGUGGGUGAAGUCGCAGGCGAAGAAGGACAACACGGCCGAUGAGAUUGCCAAGUAUGACGGCGUGUGGGAGGUGGAGACGCCACAGCGGCCGAUUCUCAAGCAGGAUCUGGGCUUGGUGCUGAAGUCAAAGGCCAAGCAUGCGGCCAUCGCGUCGCGCCUCAUGAAACCCUUUGUGUUCACGGACAAGCCGCUCGUGGUGCAGUACGAGGUGACGCUGCAGGAGGGCCAGGAGUGCGGUGGGGCGUACAUAAAGCUCCUCUCGGCCGGCAAGGAGACCAAUGAUCUCUCACAGUUCCAAGACAAGACGCCCUACACGAUUAUGUUUGGGCCGGACAAGUGCGGCAAUGACAUAAAGCUUCACUUCAUAUUCCGACACGUUAAUCCACUUAAUGGCACCAUCACUGAGAAGCACUGCCGCAAGUCAAAGGAUCGCAUCGAGGAGCCGUUCAGGGACAAGCAGCCACACUUGUAUCAGUUGCUCUUGCGACCUGACAACACCUUCGAGAUUCGCGUGGAUCACAAUGUUGUCAAUGAGGGCUCGCUGUUGGCCGAUUUCACGCCGUCUGUCAAUCCACCGCGAGAGAUUGACGAUCCCACUGAUGUGAAGCCCACCGAUUGGGAUGAGCGCGAGAAGAUUCCCGAUCCGGACACGCAAAAGCCCGCCGACUGGGACGAAGAUGCGCCGCCGCAGAUUCCCGAUCCCAAUGCCAUGAAGCCCGAAGGAUGGCUGGACGACGAGGAGGAGAUGAUUUCCGACUCGAAUGCCGUGAAGCCCGAUGAUUGGGACACGGACAUGGAUGGCGAGUGGGAGGCGCCGCUGGUGCCGAAUCCGGUGUGCGAGAAGGCGGUGGGAUGUGGCGUGUGGAAGGCGCCACUCAUUCAGAAUCCCAAUUACAAGGGCAAAUGGCGUGCACCGCUGAUUGACAAUCCCAAUUAUCAGGGCAAGUGGGCGCCGAAAAAAAUUCCCAAUCCUGACUUCUUUGAGGAUCUGAGGCCAUUCAGGAUGACCACAAUAGCGGCCGUGGGCAUUGAACUGUGGUCCAUGAGCAGUGACAUCUUGUUUGACAAUAUCAUCAUCACGGACGAUGCGGCGGCGGCGGAUCAGUGGGCGGCGCAGACGUAUGAUUUGAAGAGGAAGCAAAUUGACCGCGAGGCGGAGACGCUCGUUACUAGGCUAGUGAAUUACACAAAUGAAAAUCCAUGGAUGUGGGGUGUUUACGUGGUCGUAGUGGGACUUCCACUAUCAAUUGCCAUCUUCUUCCUCUGCAGCUCCAGCAAGGACAAAUCAAUACCAGAUGCGGCGAGGAGCAAGAAAACGGACGAGCCAGUGCCGGAUGACUUAAUUGGAGACGGUCCACAAGCCAGAAGUAAGUCGGAUUUGGAUGAACCGACGCCGCUUAAUACUCAGGGGAGUCAGCCACAUGGCGAGGGCGAUAAUAAGGGUGCAGGAGGCGAUGGGGUUAAUAAUUCUCCGGGCGAUGAGCCGGCCGAGGAGGCAGAGGCGGAGGCGGAGGAAGAGCAGGCGGAGGGCGGCGGCGAGGAGGAUGACGAUGAUGGUGAAAUUAUAAAUGCCAAAGAGUCACGAGGCACCGAGAGCGAGGAUGAGGGCGAGCUGGAUGUUCCUGCGAGGACGGAGAGUGUGACAGCGUCCGUGGCGGCGUCAGAGGGGACCAGAAAACGAAAACCUCGAAGAGAGUAAAAUCCCUAUUGAGGGGUUUUUAAUUGAAAAAUUUUAUAUAUUCAAAGAAAAACACAGGCGAGCGCGCGAGGGGAGUUGAGAAAAAAUGCAUAUUUCUUCUUGGGUAUUAUAAACUAAAAGAGAAAAAAAAACAGAAAAGCAACAACAAACACGCAAAGCUGAUGGCAAAAAUGUCCGGAGAGAAUUGACACGAGGAAGAGAAAGAGAGAGAGAGAAAAGAAGGGUGGAAUGUUAAAUAGAAUCGAUUUCACUUUGAUUAGAGGUUUACCAAAAUUCUUUUAAUUUGUUUUGCCACUCUCCAGAGCAAAUUGAUGAUUUGAAGAGCAUUCAAAAAGGGUGUAAAACAUGUGAAAUGUGGAAAAAGCGCAAUGAUAAGUAAAAUAAAGAAAAAAUACGGAAAGGAAAAGGAAGAAAUUAAAUUAUUUGAUACAAAAGAAGGGAAAAUAACACUAAAUCUUUUCAUAGGAUCCGCAUUAAAAGGCGUGCCUGGAGGAAUGAAAGCGAUUUAAUGGGAAACAGUUCGUUGCAAAUAAUGCGCGAGAUGUUUUUCAAUGGGUUCGGGGGAGAGGAAAGAAGGGUGGAGAGUGAAAAAAAGCUCUAGUCCAAUAGUAACUUUCAAGCAUUUCCUACGGUUUUUUUUUUUUGUAUUUUGGCGUCGCAGUUUUUCCAAAAGUAUUCAAUUCAUGAUGUGAAGCAGCAAAAGGGAAGAAGAAGUCCAGGAAGGCGAGGAAACAUUCUUUGGGAGAAAACCUCUAUUGAAAUCGUUUAAGCAUUUAAAGAUAUUUUAUUGAACCCAAGUGUGGCGCAUUUAAAUGAAAUUUUCAAUAUUUAUUGCAAUUUCGGUAUGGCGUGUGACUCCCUUUUCCCCAGCAUUUUCUUCAUCUCUCUCUGUGCUUUCUUUCUUUCUUUCUUUUUUUUGCAUUUCACAAAAUACAUAUGUAUGAAAUGUGCGCGCAUGAGGGCAAUAAAAUCUGAGAGCGUUUUUGUUUUCUCCAAGGAAAAA